AUGGGAGGAGCGCAGCUCAGCUCCUCUCUCUAUAAGAAGUGUUGAACAUUGAGCAAAGGAUUUUACACAGCUACUCAGGAGAAACGAAAUGAUCUGCCCUGGAGCCGCAGCAAAAUGCUGGAUGGACACCUACUCCUGGGAUGGUUAUCAUUCACAGUUAUAGUGCAUCUUCUCAACUUGCCUGGACCGACCGCAGCAUAUUUCGGGUUGACAGGUAAUGAACCGUUGUCUAUUCUGCCACUGAACUCUCUACCAGAGGAGAGCAUGGGCAGGGCCCACUACAAGCUGUGUGACCGGCUCAAACUGGAAAAGAAACAGCGAAGGAUGUGCAGACGAGACCCGGGCGUGGCAGAGACUCUCAGAGAGGCUAUUACCAUGAGCGCCCUAGAAUGCCAUUAUCAAUUCCGCUUUGAGAGGUGGAACUGCACCUUAGAGGGGCGCCACCGAGCCAACAUACUAAAGAGAGGAUUUAAAGAGACAGCCUUCUUGUUCGCUAUCUCCUCAGCAGGCCUAACGCAUGCAUUGGCCAAAGCUUGCAGCGCGGGACGCAUGGAGCGCUGUACGUGCGACGAAGCCCCCGACCUGGAAAACCGAAAGGCGUGGCAGUGGGGAGGCUGUGGAGACAACCUGAAAUACGCCAACAAAUUUGUCAAGGACUUCCUGGGCAAACGCUCCAACAAGGACCUGCGCGCACGCGUGGACAUGCAUAAUACAAAUGUGGGCAUGAAGGUAAUUAAGGCUGGAGUGGAGACCACUUGCAAAUGCCAUGGCGUCUCUGGCUCCUGCACUGUCCAGACCUGCUGGAGACAGCUCCUGCCCUUCCAUGAGAUUGGCAAGCAGCUGAAGCAGCGCUACGAGACCUCUGUCAAAGUUGGCAGCUCCACCAAUGAGGCAACAGGAGAGGGCGAGAUCUCAACAGGCCGAAACCAGCAGCAGCAACAGCAGCAGCAGCAGCAACAGCAACAGCAGCAGCAGCAGCAGCAGCAGCAGCCACAGCAGCCCCUGCCAGGCCUAAAUGAUCAGAUCCCUCGCACUAUGGACCUGCUCCACAUCGAGGACUCGCCCAGUUUCUGUAGACCCAGCAAGUACUCGUCGGGCACAGCUGCCCGCAAGUGCUACAAGGAUAAGAACUGUGAAGCGAUCUGCUGCGGACGAGGCCACAACACUCAAAGCAGGGAGGUGACGAGGCCGUGUCAGUGCCAGGUGCGCUGGUGCUGCUAUGUCGAAUGCAAGCAGUGCACACAGAGAGAAGAAGUCUAUACCUGCAAAGGGUAACCUGUUUCCUUUCAGAACCAGUGGAACAAGUGAACGAAAGGUCAUGCUGAAAAGGAGUGGUGGUUUUGAUCUCAAACAAGGUUUUGCUUCCACUGUCAGAACAGUGUCUGAACAAAGAGGAGCACGAGCUGAUGGAAAAGCAAUAAGCACUUUGAGGGAUUUCUGUGGGUUUGGGUUUCAGAGGUCCUGUGACACGCCCCCCCCGUGUGUCUGCAGUUUGCAUUAUUAGA